CGAUCAUCCGUGCCUCUCCAGUCGUAGCUCAACUUCUCAAAGGUGCUAAGUACGAGGCAAAGCUCAACGCAAUGCUCUGGAAGUAAUCAAUAAGGCAGCUUACAUGGCUUUUGAAUUGACCCUUCGCACGCCUUGAACCUGUAAGGCUUCUUGCGAUCCUCUAUCUUUUUUGACAUCUAUCGUGACCUUGAGAGUACGACGGCCACCAAGCUUCACAAGUAAAAUCACCUACAUUUGUUCGACGGAAUACUAUUUCGAGGGCAAGAUGACCUCCUUCGCAGACAUAGUGGCCGAGGUGCUCGAGACGUUACCUUCGACCUAUCGCGGCCCUGGCGGCUCUGUAGCUGUUCUCAAAGAUGGCGAACUUGUCGGCCAGCAGGCCUGGGGUUACUCCAACCUAGAUACACGGACUUUAUUGACCUCAGAUACGCUUUUGCCCAUCUGUUCGAUCACCAAGCAGAUGCUCUGCGCUUUACUGCCUAGCCUCGAGCGCAACCCGACUCCUGCGAUGAAGGCGCGCGGUACAGAUGCGAAGACACAGUAUCAGGACGCAUUAUCUGAGAUCCUGGGCGCGGACUUCGUCAAGCGGACGGGCUUGAAGGUCCAUCAUCUCGCGAACAAUGCCUCCGGAAUACGGGAUUACUGGGCGUUGACAGUGCUCUGGGGAGCCAAGUUGGACCAGAAAUUCUCGAUGGAGGAGCACAUUCCCAAAGUGAUCGAGAGGACCAAAUCGCUGCAUUUCACUCCAGGCACGGAAUACAGCUACUGCAACGUUAAUUUUGUCAUCGUCGCACGCGUUAUCGAAGCUGUUAGUGGUCAGAAACUGGACGACCUGCUUUCCGAGUACGUGUUUGGACCAAGUUCCAUGAAGAGUGCUUUCGUGGGCGCGGACACCUCGCUUCAUCCGACGCGCUGUGAAGGAUACGAAGGUGAUGCAUCAGUCGGCUACUUCCCUGCUGUUAAUCGUAUCGAGUGGGCUGGGGAUGCUGGUAUUGUUGCCUCACUCAACGACAUGAUCGCUUACGAAAAGUCGUUGGACCAUCAAUGGACAGCAAAGGAGGGCUGGUUUUGGGAAAAUGCGCAGCCACCUACUUACGAUGAUGGCACUCCUUCCCGCUAUGCGAACGGUCUUGCGUCAGCUAAUGUUCUUGGGGUACGAAUUGUCAGACACGGCGGUGCACUGCGUGGUUAUCGACUUCACAGAUUGUACGCCCCUGAAGAGCGGGUUUCGGUCAUUGUCAUGUUCAACCACGAAGGCGAUGCUGGUGGCGCGGCAACUUCAGUUUUGCAGAAGAGUCUUGGCCUGAAGGAACCAGAAAUGGCAGUGGUCCAACCAGGAAAGGAGUGGUUCGCAUCGUACUUCGACGAGGAAGCGCAGAUGGUCUUGACUGUGGAGGAAAGCAAGAAGCCCGGCCAAAUCAAGAUUUCCUACGUUCGGGGCCCGGAAACCGUCAAGCUCACGGACGCAACGCAUGCGAAAUCGCCUUCACUGAACGUCUCGCUUGAAGGGAAUGUCAUUGUCGUUGAGCGGAUCGAAGACAAUCGCACAGUCCGCGCGACCAAGCUCAGUCCCAGCAAGGACGUCACUAAGAUCUAUCCACCCUUCCUAGGCUCGUUUUAUUGUGACGAAAUCGACUCGAAGCUCAAGAUCGAAGGGCAUAGCGGUAUGCUCUAUGGUUCAUUCGAAGGUUUCCUGGGCACCGGGGCUAUACAUUUCAUCAAACAUAUCGGAGAGGAUAUUUGGGCCCUCGAAUGUGUGAGGAGUAUGGACGCCCAGCCGCCUGGUGAUUGGACCCUUGCUUUCAAGAGGGAUGAGGCUGGGAAUGUAAAUGGGGUGACAGUUGGUUGUUGGCUGGCAAGAAAACUCGAAUACAAGAAGAUCUGAAAGAAAGCAAGCUGCAAUAUGGACCAACCUUUCUGCAAAUGUCUCGCCUGGGAAAAGAAUCUGCAGACAUCGAAAUAUUGUGUAUAAUCAUGGUCACGUGGAUUAAGAAAAGACGUGUGCGGACUACGAGUAUAGCGCAGACAACAUUGUCAUGGCGAGGCUGAUUUAUACCGUAAGUCAAUGGGUG